AUGUGGUUUGAUAAACCCAUUAGUCUCAUUCAAAGCUUUUCAAUUCUGCAAUGGAUCAUUCCAUUUGGACACCUAAAUGAGUGUAAGCUGAGAAGUGACCCAAAGGUUGUUCUGUGGCAUGGAUUGGGGGAUUUUUACAAUUCCCCAUCUAUUUCAAAAGUAGAAGAACAGAUCACUAGUCUGUACCCCAAUGCCUUUAUCCAUUCCAUCCGUAUCUCUGAAGACAGUGCAAGUGACCAGAGAUCUUCUUUUGUUGGUAACCUGAACGAUCAGUUGAAAUUGGUCCAUGAACAGUUGCUGGAAAUACCGGAAUUGGACCAAGGAUUCGUUGCAAUUGGGUUCUCCCAGGGAGGAUUGUUUCUGCGAAGUUUAGUGGAGACGGCAUCGGAUUUGAAUGUUACUACUUUGAUUACAUUUGGUUCCCCUCACAAUGGAAUUUACGAUUUGCCCACCUGUGAGGAAAAUGAUUGGCUAUGUAAACGAAAGAAUCAGGUUUUGAAGAGUAGAAUUUGGUCUCCUUCAGUGCAAGAAAGUGUUGUGCCGGCACAAUACUUUAGAGAUCCUAGUCAUUGGGAUGACUACAUUGCUCAUUCGGGAUUCAUUAGGGAUAUCAAUAACGAACUAAAGGUGAACUAUACAUAUAUUGAGAACAUGAAAAAGCUUGAACGCUUAGUAUUGGUCAAAUUUGAUCAGGACGAUACUUUAGUGCCAAAAGAAAGUGCAUGGUUUCUAGAUUUCAGUAAGGAAGGUGAAUUGAUCGGCUUUACUGACACAGCUUCCUACUCUCAAAACUUGAUCGGAUUAAAAGAUCUCUACGAAAACAGUAGAAUUGACUUUCUUGAAAUCAAUGAUAGGCACAUGGCAAUCUCUGAUGAGUUCUUCCGGGAUAUUCUGGAAAAAUAUUUAUAG